GCCUUUCGACAAAAAAACAAGAAAAAAAAAGACCGAUUGCUCCGGCCAGUAAGUUACCUGAAUCGUCUCCAAUACAUCUGCAUUUUCUGAAUGUAUACAAUACUCACGUUCCUUUUUACAUCAUAAAGAUUGUUAAUGGUUCCAAUUAAUUGGACUUCUAAAAUUUAUUUUAUGAAUAAUUGUACGAUUUCAAUCAGAUUGUUGGAAUUGCUUAGAUGAGGGUUUUUUCUUUAUACUUUAACCUUUAUAAAUUACUUUCGACCCAGUGAAUGCGGAAAAUUUCUGCAUUGACUAAGUAUGGGACAUGUAUGGUUUUAGACUCCCCCACCUUAUAACCAUAUCCAAACCCAAACCCGCUCCACCAAAAAUAUUUUAUUAUAUGUAGAAAUAUAAGGAGUUUAUUAUAACUUUUCUAUGGAAGGAACUAGGAAGCGUAACUAAAAGAAAAGAAAUAAAGAAUUAAAAUGUAAUUGAUCGAUGGCAACCAAAUCGUAAUUUCAUCUUCAAUAUACCUUAGCCCUUUAGGCCUUCACUCUGUGAAUUGCUUCAUGAGCCUUCUCUUGAGUCUUGACAGUGAAUUACUUCCUGGGCCUUCCCUCACAUCUGGUUAAUGAGAAGAAAAUGGUAGUUCCAUUGUGAGUAGAGCAGGGUUACAGAGUAGUUCUACUUGAGAAACUGCAUAGUGGCAAUUGAAAUGUUUACAGAUAAAUUCAGUCUUAUGUAUUUGGGAACUGCCUUUGUUUGUUAGUCUUGAAUCUAUUUACUUUUGUGGUUGUGGCAGAUCUGCAAGGUCUCCAUUGAAGCUUGUAUCUAGAUUUUCUAAAUGGCUUAUUAUUGACCAUGCAUGCUCUGCAUACUCUUAUGUAUCAGUUCCAUAUUUUUGGACUAGUAGUACCCAUACUUUUCACCAUAUUUAUUUUAUUGACGAUGACUAGCUAGUUGAUCUAUGGGGUAUAGGGAUAUGUUUGUAAAACCUUUCACCGCAUGGGUAUGGGGCAUGUAUGAGUUUAGGUUUAGGUAUUUUAAAAUGGCGAUGGGGAUGCUUAGGCAAACCCAUCUCAUUGCCAUCCCUAGAUACAACCGUACAAGUGACGUUUUCAUUAAAAGUGACUUGCCUUUUUAACAAUUGAAAAAACAAUCACAUAUACCAAACAUUGUAAUCUACAAUAACUAAAUUCAGCAAUAUAUAUUAUAAUACAUGCAUUGAUCACAAUACAUCAAUUUAACAAUCUGAGAAACCAAACAAUCCCAUAAACACAUCACAUGAAGCAAUAAAAAGUAAAGAUAGAAAAAUAUCAACACCUUCUCUCAUAUUUCUCUCCCCUAUCUCUUCUAAAUGACGACUGAUCUUCUAAUGUUCUAGGGUGCAAUAGCCGCUAUGGUAGCAGAUGGGGGAUCAGUUGAUUAGGCUUAGUUGUUUGGCGUUGUAGAAGGAAUUCGCCUACAGUUUGUUCAACCAGAUGUAUCUGCUAGGGCAAUUCGAUGGCGAUUCAGGAAGCUAGGGCAAUUCGAUGGCGAGAAACCAUAAUGAGUUGUUUUUUCUUAUAUCCAUCGACGCUUCAAGCGAUUCAAUCCUGAGAAAAUCAUAUGUGGGGGAGGAAGAGUCCUAUUCAGGUUUCACAUUUUGGUGAUUCUCUAUCUAUUUCAUUUUUCUAACUAAACCAUGAGAACUUUGUUUUUACAAAGGGUCAUUGGCAGAGUCAAAAUGUCUCUUUAUUCUAGUGUUGUUGGACCCCUAGGAUUAAGCCCCUUGAUAUGCAGCUCUCAUCCUUGCCUAUAGUGUCUGGGUGUGCAUUCUAUGUAUUCUGCUGGAAUAUCACACUGUUGAUGGUUUGAGUAAGAUAGCAAGUCUCUUACAGGUUCUAGUGUGGAUAGACCAACCAACAAGGUUAGGUACUCAUAUAGUUGUGGCGAAGGUUUGUGUGGAGUUGAUGGUGCAUGUCAGUUUCCAGAAGAAUAUCAAAGUAUAGCCUAAGGGUGAAGCUAUGUUUGCCCUAUGUGCGUAGUUAGGAUGCCCAUGCAAUUGUAACUAGGCAUUUAAAAGGGUGGGAUCAUAUGAAUAACUAUAACAUGUCAGCUUCGGGUCGAUUCUUGUUUUUUUAUAAAUGUUUUGAAGCUUCUUUGUUGUAAUAUGUUGAGCAUUUUCAUCGUGUUAGAGUGCUUAUUUGAGAUUAAAAUAGUGUGGUUACUAUUUUCAAUUGCCCAACCAAGGAAGUUAGUACACUGAAUAUGUAUGAGGAGCUUAAUGUUUGUACUUUUCGAGUGUGGUUGUGGCUUCUCUAAGAAUCAUUGCUUUUGGAAUUGGAAUGGAGAUACGCAAUUAGUAGACCAUUUAAAUUUCAAAGUCAUGGUACACCUGGUGCAAUAAAUGGAAAACAUACCCUAUACGAAGGAGUAUUGAUCGAGCGAUGACUUAUGACCACUGGUUGGAUGUUUACAAGUCUAGUUUUAUGAGGAUAAUCAACCUUGGAAUGUCACAUCACUGUGGAUUACUUCUUUCUACUUUUGUGGCACUAAAGAGCCUGCCUGAAGCUUUAAAAAUCUUCAAAAUUUGGAUAAUGCACCCUUAUUAUGCAAUUGUUUUUCAUGAUGCUUGGUUUAUCCCUGUAGUAGCUAAUACUAACCCAAGCUCUAAAUGUUCCAUUAGGGUGCAUUAAUUUAAGAAAGGGUUAAAGUAGCUAAACCACACUCACCACUUAGAUAUGUCAUAUUGAGCUUCUAAAGCUAAGCUAGCUUUUGUUUUUUAUCAGGAGGCAAUUUUCUCUGAUCCUAUUGAAUAAAAUAUAAAAUAUUGACAAGUUGGUGUUGGCUCAAGAAUGUCAUGAUGCAUAUGCAUUAGAAUAACAUUUCUAAAUAAAAAUCUUGAGAAGAGUGGGUUGCAUAGGAGAUGCUAAUACAUUCUUCUUCCACAAAUAUGUCAAGAUCUGCACUAAACAAAGCCAUGGAACACCUAUAUUCUGAUGAAGGCGACCUCAAUACUAGUGUCUAGCAUAUAGGGUAGAUAGGUGUUAAUUUUUAAACAAAAUCUCAAGGGAAGUGAAUACUAAAGUUGAUCGCGAUUUUUUUCUUCUUCUCAAGUUGAAGCCAAAAUAUAUGGGGUGCUGGGAGAAGUUGUCACUAGAUAAGAAAUCAAGUCAUCGUCCACGUGAUGACUUCAUAUAAGGCUCAUGUACUGGAUGGGUAAAAUGUUUAUUUUUACAAGGCUAAUUGCAGCUUGAUUGGUCAGGAUGUUGCUCUCAGCAUCUAUGUCUCGUGUUGCAAUGUUCUUUAUAAAGUUACCUAUAAGAUAUAAACGAGUAGGUUGGCUAAGGUUCUCCCUCAACUCAUAGGAAUCUCACAGUGUGCCUUUGGAAAUGGUCUCCUUAUUAGUGACAAUAGUUGAUGGCAUCGAAACUGAUCAAAGACUAUCAUAAAUUCUACAUUACUCCUUAGUUUGGUAAAAAUUGACAUACUUAAGGCUUUUGACUUGGUGAUUUUUGGGUACUUUGCAAUAUGUAAAGGGUUAAGGCAUAGGGAUCCAUAGUCCUCUUACCUUUUACCAUGGCUAUGGAAGUAUUUUUUUUUGCAUUUGUACAAGGUUGUUGUGGAGGAGAAUAUCCAUUUCCACCCCCUCGGAAAUAGUCAGAAGUCACCCACGUGUGCAUUGCAGAUGAUGUCCUAGUGUUUUCAAAUGGUUAUGUUAGUGGAUAGUUAUUAGAUGUGUGUUGAUUGAAGUAUAUCAAAUUUACAGUUUACUCUAUAGAAAAGCCAAUUUUUUAAGGAGGUAUUUAUGAUAAUUGGAAGAUAUUUAUCUUUUCUAAUAUCCCUUCAGUAAGAUAUCUGAGGUAACUAUUAUCUCUUGUAAACUUACCAAGGCUAGUUAUCGAAUGCUUGUUGAGAAAAUUACAUCUAUGAUUUGGGGUAGGCAUUCUAAUCUUCUAAGUUCUGCAGGUGGCUCCAGUUUGUAACUCCUGUAAUCUCUAGUGUGUUGCAAUAUUGGAUAAAUAGAUUUUUUGGAUAAUUGUAGAAUAAAAAACUCGACGUUUUCUCUCUUUCUUUCUCUCUUUAUGCACUUAGCUCUCGUCUAACGGCCUCUCCUUUUGACGUGUGGUUCUUGCCAUUGGCAUUUACCGAGGAGCAUUCGCCGUUCGUUUCUCAUUCUUUGGUAAGCGCUCCUCACUGUCGGUUCUCUGUGUUUCUUCAUUUUCUUUGUCCUAUUUUCCUCCUAUGAUCCAAAUCUAGCAACCAUGGGAUCGAAAAUGGCAAAGUCCUAGGCGGAUAUUUUUUGGUAUAGUAGAAGGAAGUAAGUUGGUUUAUAUUGAACCAGAAAUCAUCAACAAUGGCCUUUCGCAUCCCAGAAGAACUCAUCUAGGAAGGGAUCCCAAGGUGGUCAAAUUGCCUCGUAGGGAAAUUUUCAUUCCAAGCCUCAUAUCAAGAAAUUGCAAAUUUGGGUGAAUUGCCAAUGAGGGAAAUCGUGUCGAAUUGGGGUUUUCUGAUUGGAUGAUAAUCUCUUCCUAAGCAGGCCUUGAAACUUUCAGAACGAUAUGUGUUUCUUGCGAAAAUGGAAUAAAGUAUUUGAGCUAUUGAAUGUCGUUACAUUGUUAAUGUUUGGGUGAAUCUCCAUUACCUAUUGGCUGAAUAUGUCACUAGUAGAGUACUUACACAUUUUGAGAGUAUGUUGGGGCUUCCCCUAUGGCUGGAUCAAUCUACGAGAUUGGGAAGGCGAGUUGGGUACCCAAAUUUUUUUGUUGAAAUGAAGAUUGAUUCUAAGUUCACUGAGACAUUGAAGAUAGUUCCAGAUUGUAGGCCAACUUUCAUGGUCCACAUAGAAUUUCUAAAUCUACCUAAAAUUUGUAAGAAGUGUAAUGUCUCAAGACAUACCUGUGAGGAGGUGAUAGCUCAAGAAGAGGUAAAUAGUAGGAUGGAGACUAAGGAGAUUGAGAAAAAAAUCAGGUGGCUAAAUUUGUGGCAAGAACACUAGUAGCUUAAAUGCUUUCCAAGCAGGAGAUUCUAGUUGAGGCGCAAGCUGAAACAAGUGACCAGGGGCAUAGAAAUUUAAACCAUGUUGUGGCCAAUCUGGUAGCUUUUAUGGAACCAAAUCCAGCAUGGAAUGCGACAAGGCUUCCUAUUGAUGGGGAGUUUCUUACUACAGUCACACAAGAAAGCAGUCCUAAAAAAGGUAAUUGGUUUGCAGCUCUUUCAUCUCUAGGGAAGUUUGAGGAUGGGGGAAUUGUUGUAUCUCCGGUAAAGAACAAUGUGGAGUUCCCAGGAUUAUAGUCUAUUAUACGUAAAGAGGUUUUCCAAGGUAAGAAGAGGCCUGGGAGGCCACCAAAAGCAAAGUCUAAAUGAAAUUCCUCGUUUGGAAUAUCAGGGGUUUUAAUAAUAUUGAGAAGCAAAGUUUUAUAAGUAGUAUACUAAGAAAGGAGAAAUUUGAUCGAGCAUCUAUAAUUGAAACUCGUGUCAUUCUAGAAAAUGCAAAGAAAAUUGUGACAAAAGAGUUUGCGGAAUGGAGGUUUCAAGAUAACUACUCACAGUCAAGUCUGGGAAGGUUUUGGGUAUUAUGGAAUCCCUCACUUCAGUUUACUGUAUUAGAUGAAAAAUACCAGUAUAUACAUGGCUAUGCAAUUAAGGAUGGUGCAAGGAUGUUCUACUCCUUUGUUUAUGGUUCGGAUGAUUUGGGGCAGAGGUAUCAGAUGUAUGUGCAAAUUCAGAGUAACAAGAUUAUCAGUGAGCCUUGGAUGGUGCUUGAUGACUUCAAUGCAAUCAUGAAUGAAUCUGAAUCCUCAAUUCUAAUGUACAUGGGACCAAGUACUAGAAACUUUAAAGACUAGAUUGAUCAGAUGGAGUUGGAAGACUAUAAGAUGGUAGGGCCUUGAUAUACCUGGACUAAUAAAAAGGAGGGUAGACUUAUUGUGAAAAGACUGGAUAUGUCCUUCGAAAUUUAUUUUAUGAAGCAAUUGACAAAAGUUUGACACUAUCAUAGUUCAAAUCUCUCGGACUAUAUUUAUGGCUUCACUCAAAAUUUCUACCUACGAGCAAAGGGAACAAAGCCUGCAAUAUCCAAACGAGGAAGCUAGUAGACUGGAUUUGUAUGAGGAGCUUAAUGUUUGUAAGAGGGAUGAUCUUCCAUGGGUCUUCAUGGGCAAUUUCAAUGUCAUAGCUAAACUUAGGGAAGUAUUAGAUGUGGUUGUUGUUUCUCGAAGAUUCAUUGAUUUUCGGGAUUAGAUGGAUGAUAAGAAGCUAAUAGAACAUAAGGUUUCAAGGUCAUAGGACACCUGGUGGAAUAAACAGUAAGCAAACCAUAUAGCCAGGCGUAUUGAUCGAGUUUCAUAUCAUUGUGGAUUGUUCCUCUCUACUUUUGGGGCACUAAAGAGCCUAACUGAACCAUUAAAAUUUUCAAAUUUUGGAGAAUGCAUUCUCACUAUGCCAUUAAUAUUCUUCAUUAUGCUUGGUUUAUCCCAGUACUAGCUAGCAGUACUGAUAAAAUCGUUAAAUUUUCCAUUAGGCUGCAUCAAUUCAAGAAAGGGUUAAACUAGCUUAACCACACUCACUACUUAGAUAUUUCAUAUUGGGCUCGUAAAGAUGAACUGACUCUUGUUGCUUAGGAGGCAGUUUUGUGUGAUCCUACGAAAAAAAUAUUGACAAGAAGUUGGGGUUGGCUCAGUAAUGCCAUAAUGCACAGGCCAAAGAGGAACGUUUCUUCCAAAAUAAGUCUAGAGUAUAGUGGGCUGUAGAGAGGGAUGCUGAUACAUACUUAUUCCAUAAAUAUGUGAUGAGAGGUGUAGAAGAUGUUAUAAUGAAGGGUCAAUGAUGCCUCUAUUCAAGCUAGCAGCCAUAAUUAGAUAUGAAGUGGAAUGUCUUGUAGGCGUAGCUUAUAAUUAUGAUUUAAAUACUAGACUUUCUCAUAAAUAUGAUAAAGACAUGUAUUACAA